ACGAGGAUAACAAUGUUUUUUAUUUCCAACGGGGUUUGAUCGAAUUAUCAGGAAAUAAAUCUUUAAUAGUUAAGAGAGUAAAUAUUAUUUAUUUUUUUUCCUUCUAAUUAAUCUAAUACAUGUGAGUGUUUAUGAAGUUAACGCUUGUAAACUUUACGUAGUUACCUAAAACUUCAUAUUUAAAAAAUUGAAUAAAAAAUCUCAUCGCUAUUUUUAAUGAAAUGAACAGCAAGUAAAUGGCCUGUAUAUUCGUUUCUACUUUCGCAAUUGUUAUCCGAUUUUAAAUUGAGUAGCUAAGAGUAUCUUCAAAAAGAAAAAAGUUUAUGAAUGUCUUCUACUGGUGAAAAAAACAAAAGAGAUAAACAAGUAUUACUUGAUAUUGACAAUUCAGUCAGAGAAUUGACGCGCCAAUUUGCAGAACAACAAAGAUCCUUAGAUAUUCGAACAGAAAAUAAAAUUUUUCUAGUAAAUGAUUUGCAAGAGUUUUUUAGACGUCGGUCUGAGCUUGACCUAGAAUAUGGUAAGAGUCUUGAACGUUUAUGUGAUCGAUUUUCUGAAAGAUUUACUAAGCAGAGAGCAAACUAUGGAUUCAACAAAAAAGACAGAGCCUCUUAUGUUAACUUAUGGAGUAAAUUACUUAUUGAUGCAAGAUUCAAAGCAAAGACAGCAACUAAUCUUAGUGAAAUAUAUACAAAAAAUCUAGUGAUGAGAUUGACUGAGAUUGCAGAAGAUGUGCAGCGUAUUUCUAAAAUUGUUAAAGACACUCAUGCAACACUUCAGCAAGAAAUCAUGAAACAUGCAAUGCAGCUUCAAAUGGACAUAAAAACAUACUACAUUAAACAUAGCGAAUUUAUUUUUUCGGAAAGUAAGUUCAAAGCAAGUGAAAUAGACAAACGUAAAGCUGAAGACCAACCACAAAAAAAAGGAAAUGAAAAAAGAAUAAAACAUUUAGAAAAAAGUGUAGAAAAGAAACAGGCCAAGUAUUAUGAUUCUCAGAAAAAUGCCAUUCGUACUCGCAAUCAAUAUAUUCAGAAUGUAGAGUCAUUGUCUGCAGUACUUUCCAAGUAUUUUGACUGUGAUGUUUCAGAGAUUAUAAAUAAGUUUGACCAUAACUUUCACGAUUCAUUUUCUUCAACAUUGCAAGCAUAUAUCGGAGCAGAGAUUCGUAUGGCAAGCGCUCAAAUACAAUCUGCUAAUUCAUUAGCUCACACUGUGUCUGUCAUGGAUAUAAAAAGUGACAACAAAAUGUUUCUUGAAGAUAAUGACAUAUUUAAAGCAGGGAUGAAGUUUAGUUUUAUCCCACAUGCUGAAGAUAAUGUUUUGACAAUUACUGCUGAGCAAGCGAUUGAGGCAGAACUCACACAACAACAUAGAAAACUGUUUGAUGAACUUAAACAGCUUGAAGUGGAAAUAGCUGAUUUACAAUCUUCUAUCGAAAAACGUAAAAAAGGUCUUGAAUCAACAUAUAAGAAGUAUGAUUCUGACAUGAAUGGUUUUUAUCACAUGGAUAUGUCAACAGGAAAUGGAAGUUCUUCACCUAACAGUACCUUAGUUUCUGGGCCUCCUAGUCAAUUAAAAGUAGAUAAAGAAGAGUGGGAAAAUGGCUUAUUAGCUAAAUUUAAAGAACUCAUUAUGAGUGAGUGUGUCCAACUUAGUGUACAAACAAAGUAUAAUAUUCUCACAAAAGCAUUAGGUGAAAUAACAUCAGAUGCCUCCAGAAACAAUUCAAUAUCUACUGGAAAAAGAGCUGUAAAGUUGUUUGGUACAAGUCUUAAACAACAGCUGGAAGAAAUGAAAUGUGAAAUUCCAGAUAUUGUUGAGAGUUGUACAAAGUACAUUGCUAAAUACGGAUUAAAACAUCAAGGUAUUUUUCGGGUACCUGGAGCAUCACAAGAGAUAAAUGAAAUGAAAGUUGCAUUUGAAGAAGGUCGCAAUCCGUUGUCAGGUCUUAAUCAUUGGAAAGAUAUUAAUGCAGUUGCAGGAGUAUUUCGGUUGUACUUUCGUGAGAUGUGCGAGCCAUUGUUUCCCAUAAUUUUAAAUCAAGAAUAUUUACGUGCUAGUAGCAUAACUCGAGCUGCCGACCAAAUUGCUGAAGCUUCUAGUAUUUUAAAGAAGAUAGAAACAUGGAACCUAAAUGUUAUCAAAUAUAUUUUGAAAUUUCUUAAUUUAAUUUCUCAGCAUUCAGAAAUCAAUAAAAUGACAUCACAUAAUUUGGCUGUAGUGUUCGGACCUACUUUGAUUCGUCUUCCAGAGAAUGAAAAUCUUCUAACUAACCAAGGACAAAUGAAUAUAUUUAUGGAUGUUCUUAUUAAUGAUUUUUAUCAGAUCUUUCCUGAGGAACAUAAUGAUUUAUUUUUUGAAGAUUCUGUUGACGGUAAUUUAGAUGAAGAAGAAGAUGGUGGAACUGAAGAUGAACUUGAGAGCGAAGAUGAACUUGUUGAAGCUAUUGCAUUAUAUCCUUACACUGCUCGCACCAGCAAAGAGGUUUCUUUUAAUAAAGGUGAUGUUAUUCAAAUUUUUUCUCGAACUAACAAUGACUGGUGGGACGCAAAGGUUAACGGUCAGUUUGGUUUUGUACCUGUUUCUUAUCUUAAAGUUGUUGAAAGAACUUCGUCUCUUACUUCUGAUUUAAAUGAGGAAAAUAAAAAAUAUAUAAAAAGAUCAGCAUCAUUAGAUACAGCUGAAGAAGUUAUUGAAACUCAUAUUGAAAGUAAUGUAUUUGCUGCUCUUGAUCCAACAAUAGAAUCAUCAACAGAUUCGCGUCGUACUGCUAAUGAUCGGCUACCUAACUCCCCACGAACUAAUAUUCCAUCUCGAACGCUGAGCGAAAAGACUCAUAAUCGAAUACCUAUACUACCGCAAUCAAAACCAAUGGUCAUUUCUCAGCAAGAUAUUCAGUCAGCAAAGUUGAAAAGUAGCAAUUACGAUGGCGAAACUUCAAAGUCUUUGGACCGGUCUAAUUUUUCUAAAAACACUUUUAACGAAAAAAGUAAGCCUUGUGAUACUCCAGUGUUUUCUAGCAGCCUAGCUAGACAAUCGCCUGUAAGUUCAGACUCAAGACCAAAUAUAGCCACUGGUAGGUCGGUCCAAGGCUCUAUAAUUAAAGAAAAUCCUGGACGUUCAGAUCCUAUACCUAGUUUUAAGCCUCCCCCUCCGCCUGCCUCUAAACCCAAAGGUCUUUCAAAAAAGGGUGACCCUAAUUCCGAACUUGCUGCUACAAUUCACGCAGCCGCUGCUGCAAAAGCUCAAAGAAAUCCAAAUUAUUGUGAAGACUCCAAAGAGCUGACACGUUUUUAGUUUUUUUUUGUUUUUUUAAUAAUUUUUCGUGUUGACUAAACCUCUACGAAAUGUUCACAAUGGUAAAGAUAGAAAAGUUGUCUCAUGAAACGGCGCUCCAAUGCAAAUUAUUUAGUUCUCAGCACACUUUAAAAAGAUAUCACUUUACUACGUUUAUAGAUGUUAUCUAAUUGCUACGAUAAUAGUUUAAUAAUAUAGCGACUGACGAUUUUUCAAUAAUAUUUAGCUCGUUAAUUAUAUAUGUGUAUUGCCAAUGACUUAAAACUUUUUUUUAGUUGUAGUUGUUGUUCUGUAUUGUUUAUUUUUGUGAAAGAUGCUACGAUGUAUUUGUAAGAUCUUUAAUACAUCGUGUUUUCAACAGCAACGUCAGUAUAGGGUUUGGAUAUAUUUUUAACGACACCGUUGGCUACAAUACUUUUCUUUAAAAUUUGUUUUUAUAAAAACUGCUCAUGUUAGUUAUAUAAUUUUUCGCAUUUCGUAGGAAUUUUUCUCUAAUUUUUACUGGAUUUUUUUAGCUUUCUAAAUUUUUAUUCGUUGUUAUUUAUAUGAAACGUCACUAUGUGAAACGUUAUUAUGUAUAACUAUUUGAUCCAUUUUUUCAUUUAAACUUUUUUAAUAUUGAUGUAAAUAUUGUCUAUUUUAUAUAGUUUUUGUAUUGAUGUCAAAAAAUCACUUAGCAAGUUAUCUUAGACUUAUAAUUUUGAGGGAAAAUUUGAAUUAAUGUAUUUUUUGGUAAAGGAUGAGAAACGCCAUAGAGAAA